UCUCAUUGUUUCCAACCACCUGAGCUCCCCGUGGCUGAAAAGCAGCAGCUGUUUCUCACCAGCUCUGUUUAGGAGUCGAAUGGAAACUAACUGAUCAUUUCGUUCCAAUGGACCUUGUUUUGUUGCUGUUGGUGUUUGUUCCUCCAGUAGUUCAGUGCUACAGCUCAGGUGUAGUCCUAGACAGCUGUGAAGACAUGAAGCCUCGCCACAGCGGGUUGAGCCCACAAACAGGACCGCCGCCCUUCACUGUCACCACAGAACACAGCAGCUAUAGACCUGGAGAGGAGGUCAGAGUCCAGCUCCAGGCCCCAGCCUCCACUCCAUUCACUGGUUUCCUGUUACAGGCCAGAGAAGUGGGUGGGCGAUCCCCUGUGGGUUCCUAUGCCAUGGCAGCCGGGCCAAUUCAACUUCUCACCUGUGGCCAAACACCUAACUCAGCUGUAUCUCACACAUCAGAAUCUGCUAAGACCUACAUCCAGGUGAAAUGGAGAUCAGAAGCAUCAGGAGACAUGAAAGCUAUUCAGUUCCGUGCGUCAUUCGUCCAGAAUUACAAUACCUUCUGGGUUGAUGUGAUGAGCCCUGCCCUGACCUUAACCAAUGACUCUAAUGGAUCUCCAAGUCCUGCGACUCCCAGCAGUUCCAACACUACCCCAGCAACAACCACGAAAGAAGCUGCACCACUUGCUCUGAGUAUCUCCAGUGCAGACUGUGGUGUCAGUAAGGUGUGCUUCAGUCAGCCUUCAGACUGUGAUCCUGCAGUCACUGCUGACUGUUAUUUCUUGUCGGCUACGAUGCUGUCUACCAGUGGUGCAGCCGUCCGCUAUGAGAUGUCGGGAUCUUCUAAUGGUUACAUCUCUUUUGGAUUCUCUGAUGAUCAAAUGAUGGGAGAUGAUGACAUUUAUAUUUGUGGGAUAAGCAGUGAUGGACUGGUGUCGGUGCAGCAUGCCUUUUCAACUGGACGUACAGCCCCACAAGCACUACCUCUGGGAAAUGUUUCUGAUGUACAAGCAUCAGUGCAGGACAAUGUGAUCAGAUGUUCCUUCACUUCCAUGAAUACUAUUUCUACUCAGAGGACUUCUGGCUUCAACAAAACCUACCAUCUCAUGUUUGCCUAUGGACCCAGCAACAACGGACGAAUCCAGUUCCAUACGGGUACUUUCACCAGCACUGACAAGGUGGACAUUUCCAGACCUGGGCUUGUCCACAAAGCUGGGAGGCCUCACAUCAUCAAAGCGCAUGGAGCUCUGAUGCUGAUCGCCUGGAUGACCUCAGGAUCACUGGGAAUGAUGGCAGCCCGAUAUCUGAAAGUGGGCAACGACCAGAAGCUGUGUGGCAAAGAUGUCUGGUUUGUGGUCCAUGUUGCAUUGAUGAGUGUGACAGUAGCAGCCACAAUCACUGCCUUCAUCCUCUCUUUCUCGUAUGUUAAGGAAUGGUCUGGGGGCGUUCAUCCUGUGCUGGGCUGCCUUGUUCUGAUCCUCUCAGUCCUCCAGCCCACACUGGCUCUGCUGCGCUGUGGACCCCAACAUCCACUGAGGUUUUUGUUCAACUGGACACAUUCUUUAAAUGGACUGGCAACCAAAGUUUUAUCUGUGGCAGCCAUAUUUACAGGCCUGAAGUUGAUUGACAGCACUAUGAACCAAUGGCUGAUGAAAGUGAUGGGUGCUUUUGUUGGAUGGGAAGUCUUGUUCUACAUCCUGCUGGAGACCCAUUUAAAAUGGAAAGUUAAGAGUAAAGAUGCUACAACCACGCUACUGGAAUCCAAAACGGUUACAGUUGCAGUUUUUCUGAUGGCUCUGUUCUUCUUUGGAAACCUCUCUGUUCUGGUGGCGCUCCUGGUUGGAAUUGGGAUGUCAUGAGCAAAAGAAGAGUCAAAAGAAGAAUUCCUACAAUUAAACAUAUUUGCCAAACUAGUAGAUGCAUUUUUAAAGCCUUUUUUCUUUUCUUUUUUUAUGCUAGAACUAUUUGCUCAUCUGGUUUGUGUGUCCUUUCUCAAAUAAUAAAAUUAUGAAGCCACAUUUAACUUAAAUGUAGAUGGAGAUAGUUUCCCCUGUAUUAGUUAAAUCAUAGUUUAUAUACAAGUAACCAUGCACUGAUGUGUUCAUUAAGAAGAAAGUUAAAGUUAUCAUUAAAAUGUAGUUCCAUUCACCACUUGUAUGUAAGGCUGUCGCUUGUAUUAUGCAAAUGCUACUGCUGUGGUCUGAGCUGCACGACACUGUGCAGCUGCAGAGGUGAGGUUUAGAAGCGCUGUAAUAUACUCAUCCAGACAGCAAGACCAUAAUACAUAAACAUCCAAUAAUAUAUCAGACUGAUGGUGCCUAUGAUAUGGGAAAUUUUAUCCCUAAUGAGGAUUCUGGGACUGAUAUUAUGGUACCAGGAAGCCACUAAGUAGGUACAUGGUUCCAAAUUCAGAUUCUACAUAAUCAAAAAUCUAUGAUUUGACACCAAGAUCAUUGAAAUAGGACAGGAUUUGCCAUUUUAUUGUGAAAUGCAAUAUCUCUGUAUGUUCAGUGGUGACCAUCUUGAAAAAUGGCCGCCAUCUUGAAUUUUUAGUUGGCUAAGGUGUAUUAUCCAAAGAGCACUCCCCAAGGAGUAUGAAAUGACUUUUGAGAAUUUCCUUUUUGCUAAUAAAUAAAAUGAGGAGGGAUGAA